ACGAAAGCAGUGCAGUGUGGGAAAUUCUUUCUCUACGAGGCCAUCUUGGGGAUAUCAAGCCGUUGGCCGGAUUGGACUGAACAUCUACAAUGGUGGCCGCAAAGAAAACGAAAAAGUCUUUGGAGUCCAUUAACUCCAGACUGCAACUGGUAAUGAAGAGCGGUAAAUACGUUCUGGGAUACAAACAGUCACAAAAGAUGAUUCGUCAAGGCAAAGCCAAGCUGGUUAUCCUGGCCAACAACUGUCCUGCACUGAGGAAAUCAGAAAUUGAGUACUAUGCUAUGCUGGCCAAAACUGGUGUUCAUCACUACAGUGGAAACAACAUUGAGCUUGGCACAGCCUGUGGUAAAUACUACAGGGUUUGUACACUGGCCAUCAUUGACCCUGGUGAUUCUGACAUCAUCAGAAGCAUGCCAGACCAGCAGCAGGGCGAGAAGUAGAGCAUUUUUUUCCUGAAGUUGCUAUAAAUAAAUCUGGUUGAAAUGGUA